UCCCAGACCGCAUCGUCGCGACCGAGUAGCCACUAGCCCAAGAACUGAAAAUCCGUCUUCACCUCUAGUCAGUUCAGUUGGAUUGCUGCGGUCAGGUGAGAUCCGAAGAGCACUGUCGUCGACGACGGUAAUGGUUUACCCUUGUCAGAGCUACCGAAAAAUCUGCCUUUUCUCGAUUAUCGGCCUGAAACUGCUGAAAAUCGGCGUGUUCGCGAUCCUGCCGUUCUCGAUGCUGUCGGUCUGCCACUUCUUGAGGAAGCAGGCGCUGGGUUGUUUGCAGUGAAACGAAAAUCGGAGUUCGGUGUGCUAGAGACUUUAUGGUCAUCUACUUGUGACCUACUUGGUGGAUUUUGCAAGGGACGCUGGCCAGCCGUAACGAGUGAUAAAUGUGCAGUGAAAUGCGUUAAAUUUUCAGAUUAAUUAAUUGGAAAACAGUUGUUCUAGUUAAACGCGGGAGGAUGAAAAGGCCGCCUGGGAUCUGGAUACUACUGUCGGCAGGUGUUCUUUGGUUGAGUCUGCAAGACGUCUAUGGAAUCAGGGCGACGGCGCUGAUUUUCGGCAAAUCCACGACGACGACGACCACCACGGAAGCCUCGUCGUCCGAAUCUUCGUCAGAUGAGACUGCAACAGAAGCGAGCACUGAAGCCUCCAACGUGACCAAACCGACCCUCACGGGAAUCCCCCAACUGGACUACAUAUGGGACCCCAACUUGCCCAAAGAACUCAACGGUUAUAACCUGUCCGAAUACCCCUUCUACGAGAGGGUGCCCGAAGAUAUAGACUUCAAGUGUGACGGGCUGCAUGAUGGGUUCUACGCAAGUGUUCCUCACAAAUGUCAGGUGUAUCAUCACUGCCUUUUCGGAACCAGGUACGACUUCUUGUGCGCGAACUACACGGCCUUCGACCAGAAGACUUUUAUUUGUCACUUCGUCUCGGAGGUGGACUGCGUCAAUUCGAAGAAGUACUGGCACAGGAACGACGCUUUGUACCAGGCGGCCUCCACUACUACCGUGAAACCGUUGGUGGUGUAUACGCACACGCCACCAGCGCAACCGCAUCCGGUGGCGGCAGCGCCGGCACCGGCGGCCGCCAGUCCGCGAAGGCCGGGAGGGAGGCGGCGACCGUUGAGGAGGAGGCGGCCGCAGUACGACUACUACGAGUACGACGACGAAUAUGAGGAUUACUACGAGGAAAGGCCGAGAGUGGAGAGGAGGAGGAAGAGGCCGCGACCUAGACCCAGGCCUGUGUAUGACGACGAUGACGAAGAGUACGAAGACGAGAGGUACGAAAGAAGGGGUUCUGGUAGGCGAGACGAAGACAGGAAUAGAAAGACAUACGACAGGAGAGGAUCUGACGAUCGAAGAGAUCGAAGGAGGAACAAGGACCGACGGAAGUACGAAGAUGAAGACAAACUCGAAGACGACGAUAAGUUCGAAGACGAAAGAAAAUCGGACAAGAGAGGAGGGGAUCGCAGGUACCACAAAAGGCGACCGGUUGAUGACUUCGACGACGAAGAAGACGAUAGAAGGAGGAAUCGACCCAAAGGAGGCUCCAGGAGACCGAUUGAAGACGACUACGAAGAAGAAGAAGUGUCUCACAGUGAUAAACCUUCAGAUGAAAAAACCAUGAUUAAGCCUACUAGUGGUAGUUCGAUUUUUGAUAGGCCGAGAGCGGCUCCUAGGAUUAAACCGCCUGUGCCUAAGAGCGAAGCGAGUAAAUAUGCUUACAAGCCUGUUGCGUCUACGAAAGCGACACCUGUGGCUGAAGAUGAAGAGUACUACGACGACUACGAAGACGAGCCACCUGCAAAAAGUCACCGCAAGUCGGAGAUGAGUGAUUCCAGGAGACACUCCUCAACCAGACACGAAGAAGAAAGGGAUACAAGAAAGCAACUUUCGUCAGCUUCGAGACAAAGAACGUCGCAGUCGUCUAGAGAAGACAGUUACGAAGAAGAAGCACCCAGAAGACCGUACAAACCAAAGUAUGGUUCGCACCACCGAGAAAGACCGAGGGCGACCCCAAGUAACAAAAAGUCGCCUCCUGUUGACGACUACUACGACGACUACGAAGAAGAAGUGAGUAAAGAAAGUUCAAGAUCGGAGACUACAGUUUUAGAAAAACAAAAAUCGAAGUCUACUACGUCUACCACGACCACUACGACCACCACGACGACCACUACUACGACGACGACACCCAAGCCAACUACAACAACGACAACCCCGAAGCCUACUACAACCGCUCCCAAAGAUAUAAGACCGGAAACUAUAGUGCGCAUAGUUAAAAGACCUUUCCUGCCAAGCAGAGGAGGUAAUCCGUACUCGCCCCGUGGUCUUCAACCUGUAGGUGCUAAAGCCCUUGAUAAGAAACCAGAAAAUAAAGAAAGCCCAGAACCAGAGGACGAAACCUUGGAGUUAAAGCCGAUUUUUAAAACGUCUCCAGUUAUUAUAAAGAUGCCCCAUCGCCAGAAGUAUGCUCAGCCGCAGACGGAAACUCACGAGGAAAUUAAGUCCGUGCCUGCUAAGCCCCAGCUUCCACCAAGACCGACUUUUAAACCUAACAAGGAAUACUCAGGUCCACGUACGACGCAGAAACCGAAACUACCGGACCACGACCCUUUGGAUAUAGAAGAAGACGAGUAUGAUGUUACUCUGAAUGAUGCUCUCAACCCCACACUGCCUAAUUUACCGGUUCGGGGGUACCCGACUGGAUUUAGCUCUGCGAAUGAUUACAGCUACAAUACUUUCCAGAGGCCUAGAUAUGUUCUUGAAGAAGCAGCGAAUACUAACUACUAUCAAGCUAAGCCUGUGAGACAGAGGUAUGAGGCUGUUUCGUAUAAUAAUAAUCCACAAGAUCAUUUGGUGAACUCUGAUGCGGAAUUCAAGGGGCAGUAUAGUACAAUCAAUAGGGAAAGUUACAGGCCAAGGGUGACGCAAGCCUACUACACGAGAUUUUAAUUCUUCGAGCCAUAUUCUAGGUAGACUAAAAUUGUAUGUUAUAUUUAAUUUUUAUGUAAAGCUAGUUAAGCAAAUUAUGGUUGUGUAAAUUAUGUUGACUAUUUAAGACAAUACUGUGUAAAAUACUCGUACUUUAAAAUAAAAAUUUGUAAAAAAAUGA